CAGUUUUAAUCAAGCCUUGUCGAGUCAAUUGUUUUGAUUUCCCUCCCAAUGCCCCAAAACAUGGGCAAUUGGAGAGAAUUAACGAAACCGAUUUUUGUAGUCGUCAUAUGUAUCUUGGCUGUACCUGUUCAUCCUAGAUUCAUCAAUUUUAAGUCAGGAUACGAGUAUGUGUACAAGUAUGAGGGUCAUGCCACUGUUAAAGAUCUAGGAAAGUUCCUCAUCACAGCUAAGGUCAGUUACACCAAUAUUCAACACACAAACAGCGGGCAAGAGUUGCUGUUGAAAGUCCAUGCUGUGAAUAUUGCUCCAGAAAAUGAUCCAAAUAUUAAAGGAAUCGAUCUGGACUUUUCAAACUGGUUCUCAUUUGAAAUAACAACGAGGGGAACUAUAUCCAGAGUUUAUCACCCAGAGGGAGAAGAUGAAGAAGUUGUUGCUACGAAGAAAGGCCUUGCAUCAUUAUUUGCCUCAAGACUGCAUGAAGAGGGAGAGGUACCAGGUGUAAAUACCAAAGAAGGUUUUACGUACAAUGUGACUGAGGAUGGAAGUGAGGGAGAGCACACUGCAACAUACUUGGUGUCUCCAACAAAAGAUGGCCUACAGUUUAAGAAAGCAAGGCACAACCAUCCUGUGCAGAACGCCAGAUCAGCUUACCUAAAGACACUUCAUUACCAUGAAUUUCUAGGAACCAUUCACAGCGUUCUGAUAGAAGAAGAUUUCACUUCGCCUAAAACACCAGCAGGAUUUGAUCCUCAUUAUGGCAUGAGAAAGGUUAAACCAGUCAAUGAAUUCAGCACUGUUGCUUAUCCUGAGAUGUCUUAUGUCAGCCAAGGGAAACUUGUAUUUCUUACUAGACAUGUAGACAACAAGGAAUGGACAAAGGCCAACAAAAGCCUCCUAUUGACCAAUAUUCAGUUAGGAAAUGUGAAGCACAAAAUAAAAAAUUUCAACGUGACAGAGGCCAGGAUGUUUAUUGUGGGUAAUCUUACCUGUAUGGAAAACCAGCCCGAGGAAGGAUCACCUGCUUUAAUCACAUGUUUUAGAAAUAUUGUGAAUCAACUACUAGAAUUGCCAGAAGGGGAAUUACAGAAAGUUGCUAAUUUUUAUUUCAACAAGAUUAAUGCAAGAAAUUCCAAAUAUCGGGAAGCUGUAGAAAAUAUGGUUGAUGCCUUUGGUGCAAUGAACACAGAAAUAUCUGAAAGUUUGCUGACAGAAAUGAUUUUAUUGAACCCUUCUCCAGAUGCAAAACUAGUUGAAAGAUUUAUCAUGCAUGUUGCAACAAGUGACAAUGUUCCUCAGGAGGAUUUACUCUCUGUGCUAGAAGAUGCUGUUUUCCAUAAAGAAAAGUUUCCCUCUGAAUUUUACGAGAAGGACACAUACAGUCGCUGUUUGUUAGCAUUGGGGUCAUUGAGUCACAAGUUAAUGAAGAAGGGACAUUCGACCAGAGCCAAAGGAAUAAUGAAUAGGAUUCACUCUCUGCUUGGAUUACAUGACCCAUGGGAAUAUAGGAGAAAAAGAGCCUUGAUGACAAAGAAGGAGAUGGAGGAAUAUGACCAACAUAAAGUGAUCCUACUGGAUACACUAGGGAAUGGAGGGCUAGAUGAUUCCUAUGACUACAUUCAAUCUCAUAUCAACAGCACAAACUCACCAUGGAUAAAGAGGGCUGGAUGUCUUGCUCUACGCAAAUACCACCAUGAACAUGCUGCAGAAUCUCUAUUGUAUGCAGCUCUGUAUGAUGAGGAACAGUCAGUCAGAUAUGAGGCCUCUCUUCUCUAUAUGGCUCAUCCCAAAGGAAAAAUGAUUGCUCCUAUGAAUGCUAGGCAAAAGACUGAAAAUACAACAACAUUAAUAGAAGACCCCUAUGAUGCUGGAAUAGAAAUCUUGGAUGUAAAUGCUGCUCAUCAUCGAUCCCGUAGGAGUGUGUGGGAUGGCAUAAGAUUUAAACUGGAAGCACCAAGUGUGGACUGGAGAAAAAUUGUUGGCACAACAGAUAUUGGAGCAUCCUUUGGAGUAAUCAUGAUAAAUCUUUUAGAUUUGGCCAUUGCUCCAACCCAGGGUCAUCUCAAAAUAAAUGUCCAUGAUGAAGCAUAUGCUCGAGUCCACAUGGGAAUAAUUGGAGCAAACUAUGAUUUCUUUGUUGCAAGAGUCUGUUUCAAAGGAGGCACUGAAUAUAACAUAAAUAUUCUUCAGGGUAAUGAGAUGAAAAAAAUAAUUGAUCUGGCCUUAAAUUUCUCUGAGAAAUUGAAGACAAUUGUGAACGGCAUUAAACGAGGAGUUCAGCUCUUCAAGGAUAUAAUUUCUGGAAGGAUCACUAUCAAAAGUCUCAUUGAUGAUCUAGUGAAAGCGAUCACUGAAAUUCCUCAGAAGGUUGCUGAUUUAGUACAAAAGUCAGAGACAGCAAUGCAGCAGUUGGGAAGAUAUGAUCCUGAUGAACUUCCACCAGAGUUCACACCAGCCAUCAAUUUUGUACGCAAGGUCUCAAAACUGUUUAAUGAUAUCCGAACAGAUGUUAUGGGAUUUGUUAAUACUGUUGAGCAAUCCAUUAAAGUUAUAAUUCCACAUCAAGGAAAAGUAAUUUAUGAAAGCAUAAAAGACAUCAUUAAUGGAUUCUCCAAAAUUUUAAAAAAUCCUAAGAAUGCUAUCAAAAGCAUUGGAAAAGGGGCUGUGGGGAUUUUUACAGCCAUUGUAACACUUUUAAAACAGAAGGAUAGAAUUCAAGAAGCUUGCUUUUUUCUCAGAGAUGAAAAACCAUACUGGUUUGAGGUUGAUAAAUUAAAAGCCGAGUUUGAUGUUUUGGGAGAGGAAGCAUUUAAGAGCCUAACAGUUGCAGGAGAACGAUGGGUAAAUGAAAAGAUAGAGGAUGGGGAAGACAAGGUCAAGAUAUUUACUGGAGGAAAGAUGAGUUUGGUAAAUAUAAAACGAGAGGCUGUGACAACUCUUCAGUCAAUACAAGAGUUUUUGAUGAAGCCAUUUGAAAAUUUAAUUGGCUUUGCUGACAAAUUUCUUAAGCAUUAUAGCAUGAUUUUUGGAAUAAUCCAGGACGUGAAGGAUGCAUACACAGUUUUGAAGGAAGGCUAUGACACAGCUAGAGGAAUUAUUGAUGCAAUUUUUGGGCCAAAAGUUCACAAGACUUUCCCCAAAAAUCGUCGACUAAAAGGUGCUGGUUGCAGUGGAAGCGGGCUUUUUCCAUCAAGUUUAGGAAAGGGGCUCAGAAAAUACAAGCACAUAGGAAUGGAUCUAUUGGCAACAGUAGGAGAACAGAUUGUAUCACCUUUUACUGGAUAUAUCACACUGGAUUCAAAUGAUUCAAGCAUGGUGAAUAUCACUGGAAUGGAUGGUUCGUUGAAGGAAGUCACAAUAUUCAUCAGCAAUAUAAUACCAAACUCUACGAUAGAAACUAAUGAGAGAAGAUCGGUUGCUGCAGGACAGCUUAUUGGAAGAGUGAAAAGGACAGAGUGUGAUAACCACAUUCAUAUGGCCUUCAAGAAGGAUGGUGGAAGUUAUAUCGACCCUACAAAAUAUCUUGAUUCUAUUUUUCCAGCAAUACCUCAGUGGAAACAAAUUUGUGAUGAUUACAAACUUGUAUUCAGGAAUGAAAUUUUAGCUGCUGGUGCGAUAGUUGGUUUAGGUGGGGAAGACUUGCAAAACAAUGAUCCACAAAUAACUAAUACAGAGGAAGCAGAUCCAAUUGAAGAUUUUUCAGAUUCUAGUGCUGAUCCUGAUGACACAAAAGACAUUAAAGAUGAUCCAGACAGUGCCUAUAGUAAAGUGAAACAACAAAGCUUUCUAGAUGAUUUUGACAGUGAUGAUGAAAAAUGCAGUGCAUUGAUGGCAACCAGCACAUGGGUUACCACAACCACUACUACCACUACAACCACACCUCCCCCAACAACAGGGGUCAAAGGAUUUUUUUCAAAACUUCUGAGAACUGCAGAUAAAUUUCUUGAGAAGUUCAAUAUAAGACGAUUAAAAUUUGGAACCAUUGUGGAGUUUCUAGACAAAUUAGGAAUGACUGAGAGUAAAGCUGCUAUGGCCAAAGUUAUGGUGGGAAUAAAGAAUAUUAUUGGCAAUAGCACUUGUAAAAACCCCAAUGAAAUGACAGAGGACCAACUCGUAAAUGAACUGACAGAGAGGGGUAAAGACACAAAGGGAUCCAGAGAACAGCUGAUAGAAAGACUUAUGCAGCUGGAUAAAGAAUGCCCUUUGAUGACCUUCACCAUGCCAAAAGAUAAUGUAUACUGCACCUUUGACAGCAAGUGCUUAGGACUGGAAUGUUGUGUCAACAUAAAGUUUGCCAUUUUCCUAAAGGUUUUCAAGGUGUGGGCACACUUUGACCCCUGUUCCAAACCUAUGCUGUUUGCCAUGGGUGCUGAUGCAUACAGACAUGUCAUUGAAUUUCCUUCGGAUUUAGAAUAUGAAGGGUUUGAAGAUGAAAUAAGAACUAAUAUAAAAAUAGAUAUUCUUGGAGGAAUUGAAUUGGUUGUAAGAUACAGUAUAUUUAAGGGAGGAAAUGCCACUCUGGUAACUUUUGGGGCUGGAUUUUGCAGCUUUGAUAAUUCUGAAAACUGUAUAGUGUUUGUGAACUUGAUAGAAAAUGCCAUUCUUCCUAUACCAAACUGCCUGGUAGAUGGAACAUUUAUUUGGCCUGAAGUUGAUUUGAAAAAGAUAUUCAGCAAAGAAGCUCUAUAUAACAAAAUAAAAGAACAAGGCAAAGAUGUCAUCAGAAAAGUUGCAUCUGAACUCUCAGCUGAAUUUUUAAAGCUUCUAAAAAUAGCUAAGGACAUGUUAAAAGAAGAUAAUCCAUCCCCAAGACCUGAGAAAAUGACUAUUGGACAGUUGCUGGCAGAACUGAAAUCAAGGAUGCUAUCAAUAACAGGAACAAGAGAUGAACAGAAUAGGCGACUGUUAGAGGAUGAUCUAAGUUGUGCUGUGAAGGAUUAUAACUAUACAUUACCAAGAAUACCUAGCACUUUUUCCAAGUACCUAUAUUAUGCUCUUCGACAGGACUGCAGGAGAAUUGAUGUAUGGGCAGAUAUUUCAGUUUCUUUACUUGGCCAAGAAUUUUUCCAAACUCUCUCAGCUUUCAUUGAAUUGGAUCCAUGUAGUUUUGUUCUUCAUGUUGGGUUUGAGAAAUAUAAUUGGACCAAGGUGCUCCUGAGUUAUACUUGGGGUUCUGAUGAAAUAGCAGAAAUAUCUUCAAAUGUCAAAAUCAAGUACAGUAUUGAUAGAGAUGUAGAUGAAGGUGUGUUCAUCUUAAAAUUUGGACUUGUAAUUUGUUUGACCCCACCAAGUGACUGUUUUGUCAAUGGCUACUUUGUUGAGGACUUGAAAAUUCCAAUUCCUCUGUGCGGAGACUUUGUCCUUCCAGGAGGUGGAUCUAUUGCUGGCUUACUUGAGAAGAUUGGUGGUAAAAUGACAGAGGAGGCUUUUGAAUUGAUCCUUAAGAAAUUUGACCUUGAUGAAGUAUUCACUUCUGGAGAUUGUCCAGUAAUACCAUCAACACCAGAAGACUGUCCAGUAGCAUUUGAUGCACGCAAGAACUUGCCAAUAGCACUCAGACAGAUGGUAACUUGUGAACAGCCCCCUAACUGCUGGGGAAUUGACUGUUGUCUACAGCUGGCCUUCAAAAUACCCCUAGGAGACACCAAAAUAACCAAGAACAUUCCAUUCUGGUUUAAGUUAGAUCCAUGUGAUUUCUUGCUUGAUAUUGGCUUUGGAAAGAAGACAUUAUUGAAAUCCCGCCUACUUGAUUACGAGUUUGGUCAACCACAUACCCUGAAUCUUGGCUCCGGAAAUCCAGCACCUGUUCAAAUAAGAUAUUUUGUUGAAAAAAUGGUGGGCAACAAGGGAUUCAAAGUGGAUGUGAAGAUUUUGAUCUGUUUCAAAUUUGAUUCUGAAACUGUGUGUAUCCCAACGGAAGAUGGGUUGCAUCUUUUGAACAGAGAGGAAAUUCCUGCCUGUGAUCAAAGAUCUCUCGUCAAUUUCAAAAAGUUCUCUCUUAGAAAUUGGAUGGAUGAUAAUUCCUUAGAUAUUGGAGAGAUACUAGGAGAGGGAGCUCUAAUGUUGCUGUUAGAGCAACUCAAUCUUACAGAUUUCUUCCAGAGUCCCAAAUGUGACAGGAGAAGGACCCCUUAUAUUCCAUCUGUCCUUGGAUUCCAUAAUAAAUGUCCAAAGACCAUUGCUUUCCUUCCAUCCAAGAUCCCCGACCCAAUGUCCUGCUAUAUACCUGACUACUGUACAGGGAUAGAGUGCUGUGCUGACAUUCCUGUCCUUGGCCUCGGAUUACAUGUGUUUGCUUUUCUGGACCUGGACAAACUGGAACUACAAAUAGGAAUGGAAAACAUCAAAGAGACCAUCAAACUUAAUGACUAUGUGUGGGGAGAAAUUAAAACGAUAGCUGUAGCUGGUGGACUUAUCAAAUUAUCACUUAGCGUGAAGCCAAUAACAAACGAGAAUGUGUAUGUGUUUAAUGUUCAUGCCUCUGUGUGUCUGAAUGGAGGAGAGUGUUCAAUUGACAUCCCAAUAUUAAGAAACACCAAGUUACCAACAAUCAGAGCCAUCAUCUCUGAAGAGAGUAAAAAUUUCUCGCUUGCUGAGUGGUUACAGCAGAUGGAAAUCCCAUCAAUCAAUGACAUGAAAGACAAUACUAAGGCUCUGCUUCUUCACCAGCUUGGUAUUGACCAAUACCUGCUGGACACACCCUGUGAUGCUACGGGAGAUUUUUAUUUGCCUAGUGUCGCUGGGUGGAAAAAUGAGUGUCCAUUGGACUGGGUGGUUUUACCCCAGAUUACCUCAGACAAAGUAAGAUGCAGCCUUUCCUCUAACUGUACAAGGAUAGACUGCUGUGUGGACUUCAGUCUGCUGAACCUCAAACUUCACUUCUUUCUACACUUUGAUAGGUGUAACUAUGUCAUCUCUGGAGGAAUUGAAAAGAAAACAUUUAAUUAUGGACUCCUGGAUUUCAACAGAUUCUGGGGAAAAGAGAUGUCCAUUGCUAUUGCCAAUAUAAUAUUCAUAAGGUUUAAGGCAAGCCAGUUAGAAGUUUCAAAGAAGUAUGUUUUGGACAUGAAUGUUGCAGUAUGUCUUGAACCAAACGAUUGUAACCUUGAUGUGCCCAUCUUGAAUCAAGUUCUAAUUCCUAUUCGCAAUUGUGAUCUCAAAAUGGACUUCAGUGUGAAAGGAUUUUCUCUUGUCAAGUGGAUGAAUGACCAAGGUCUGUCAUUUGAUGGAAGUUUGUCCACAGCUCUGGCUGCUGCUUUGUUUAAGAAGCUGGGAAUUGAUUCUUUCCUGAAGAAUCCAGCAUGUGAAAGGACCGAAGCACCUUACAGUUUCAACAAACUGUACAAUAGUGGAUGGUCCUCAAAUUGUCCAGUGACCUUGCCACUUCCCAAAAUAAGUGGAACAACUGCAUGCCACCUUACUAAGACUUGUACAGCAAUCAGAUGCUGUGUAGAGGUUGGAAAAGUCAGCAGGGCAUUUGAGUUUGAACUGGAUAUUGACUUCUGUAACCAGAAAAUGACUUUUGGAAUAGAGAAAUUAACAGAAACUGUAUCUCUUCAGGGAUUUGAAUAUGGUAAAAGAAAAGAAAUUGUUAUAAUGGGAGUGAUAAAAUUAAGGUACACCAUUUGGGAUAAUGUUGGUGAAGGAAUUUAUGUGGUCACAGUAGAUUUGGCAGUCUGUUUUGAAGAUGGUGGUAACUGUUUGGUCAGUAUUAAUAUACUGGACCAAACCAAGCUGCCUAAGCAACCUUGUGUGUGGGGAACAUCUUUCCUUAAUCCAGACUUUUCCCUGAACCAGUUUAUGUUGGAUAAUGCACUAAAAACUUACAACCAGAUUAAAGGUUUGGCACUUGAUAAAAUAAAAGAGGCUCUUGGUCUUCCAACAUUUCUGAAUGCCCCUCCAUGCUCUUCAACAGAUCCAAUGUAUGUCCCCAAUACAAAUGGAAUAAAAAAGGUGUGUUCCAAGGAUCUUUCUCAGUCUGGUUUUACUCUUCCAACACUUCCGAGCAACAUGGUUUGUCAGAUCACAGAGUCCUGUACAGGAGUUGACUGUUGUAUUAGAGCAGAACCAAUCCACCACAGCUUCCAUGCCUACCUUGACAUAGAUCCAUGUAACUUCACCAUUAGAUUUGGUAUUGACAAAUUCCAGUUUCAGAUCUACAUGCAGGACUACAGUUUUGGAGUGGAAAAAGAUGUCAGAUUGGUCAAUGUUUUUCGCAUCAAAUUCCAGAUUUGGGAUUUAUCAGCUGAGGACCAGUAUCUUGUCAACCUUCGAUUCAGCAUUUGCUUUGAUUCCAAGUCUUCAUGUUUAUUGGAUAAAGUCGUCUUCCAAGAGAAGCGUCUGCCCAAAAAUUUGUGCAACUUUGCUGCAUCAGCACAUAUACCUGACUUUUCUCUGGAGGAGUGGAAGAAAUCAAUGGGAAUUUCCUCUAUGGGGUUGACACCUUCUGCUACUGAUCUGCUUAUGGAGCAUCUGGGCAUAGCGGGCUAUUUAAAGAAACAACAGUGUAAUGCAACUGAAGGCAAUGGCAAUGGAUGGAAGAAUGAUUGUCCCAAACACUCUUUAUCCAGAAACCUAGAGUUUGCAGGGCUUCCAGUUUUCUGUUCUAUUUCUAAGAAAUGCACUGAAAUACACUGCUGUUUGGAAGUAACUGCAGUAGGGAGAAACUUUGAAGCAUAUAUUGAUAUUGACCCAUGCCAGAAAACCAUGGUCAUAGGCAUUGAAGAAUAUAGAACCAAAAUCAAUUUGCUUACCUACAAAUAUGGGACAAAAAGCAAGUUUUGGUUGCAAGACCUUAUCAAAUUAGAGUACAGUGUAGAGGACCUUGUUGAAGAUGCUAAAUAUGUGGUUAACAUGAAGUUGGAGGUGUGUUUAGAGAAAAACAAAUCCUGUGUGUUUUCACAGGAUAUAGCUAAGGAUCUACACCUACCAAAAAUUGGAUGUGACUGGUCAAUGAAUUUAUCAAAUUUUUCCCUUGAGAAGUGGUACAGGAACAUGUCUCUUUCUCCUGGUUCAUCACUCUCAGCUACUCAACUUUCCAUCUUAAAGGAAGCACUAGGAAUCACAAACUUUCUCCUGCCAAAAGAUAAACAAUGCAAUAGAAUGUCAUCUGUAUACAAACCAGAAUCUCUCAAUAAUCAGGGCUGGAAAAUAGAUUGUCCAUCAGCUUUAGGGUUUGUUCAAGGAAUUGUUAAUGCUGCACCCCUGAGCUGCCACAUAAAGAGUCAGUGUACAGCUAUAGAAUGCUGUCUAGAUCUACAGGACCCUCUACAACAAACCAUUCACUUCUUCCUUGACCUUGACCUUUGUCUACAGACACUAAAAGUGGGAAUAGAAAACUAUGUCUAUGAGAGGACACUCUUCUCUUAUUCAUAUGGUGUGCUGGACCAUUUUCGACUGACUGAUGUAGUCCAGAUAGAAUUUCAGAUUGAUAAAGUGAACAAGACAUUGUUGGAAAUGUCUUUGCAACUUAAGAUCUGCUUUGAAAGAAACACAUGUUUAUAUGAUGUAAAACUACUGGAUAGACUGAUUAUUCGUAAACCUGGAUGUAACUGGGAUCUUCCUUACACAAUUCCAGAUUUUUCAUUGAGGAAGUGGUAUAGUAACAAUGGGGUAAGCAUUGGUUCACAAUUGUCAGAACUUGCUGCUAGUAAGCUGCUGGAGGAACUAGGCAUUGCUCAGUACAUACAAAAAGUAUCAUGUCAGAGAGCAGGUCCAGUAUAUAGCCCACAUGUUAAUGGAUGGAAAUCAGAAUGUCAGAUGGAGGUGUUGACCAACCCAAUCACAGCCCCAGUUUCUUGUCUAAUUAAGGACAGUUGCACUGCUGUCAGUUGUUGUAUGGACAUUGACUUUCUACAGAGGUCUUUUGAAACCUCUGUCAUACUGGAUGCUUGUAAUCACUGGAUAUCGGUCAGCAUUGAAAUGUUGUCCUUUAACAUAAGCAUGGAUGACUUUUCAUUUGGGAUUGAGAAGAAUUUUUAUUUGAACAGUGUAGUACGGAUAGAUUACAAGAUAGAAGAUAUGAAAACAGAAAGACAAUUCAAAGUGUCCGUGGCCUUGAAAGCUUGUUUUGAGGCUUCAGAUGACAAAGAAUGUACCAUUAGUAUUGAUAUCUUCAAAGAUACACUUCUACCCAAGGGAAUAUGUAACUGGACUGAGAAAUUCUCAACUCCAAAUUUUAAUCUGACAAAGUGGUACCAAGAUGUUUCACUUCCUCAUGGUUCUGUUCUCUCACAGUUAAACAGGGAUGCUCUCUUGGAUAAGCUGGGUGUAAGGUCAUACCUUAACAAAGAUUCAUGUUCCUUCACAUCCACAACAUACCAUCCAGCUAACAACAAACAAUGGAAAAAUGAUUGCAAGGUAGACCUGAAUGCCUCUCUUCCAACUCUUCCAUCUUCAACAAGAUGUAACAUCCCUGACUACUGUACAGGAGUGACAUGCUGUGUGGCAGAAGAUUCUGUACUGAGGCACCAUUUUACUGUGGGAGUCAAACUUGAUGACUGCCACCAUAUUUUGAAAUUUCAAAUAGAAAGACUGAGUAUUGACAUUAAUUUAAAUGGAUAUGCCUUUGGUAUUACAGAAAAAAGAUACCUGAUGAGUGUAGUUCAGUUCGAAUUUAAGGUGGAUGAUGUUCCUGUUGAGAAGAGUUACAGAAUUACAGCCAGUAUCAGAAUUUGCUAUGGAGUUGGACCAUGUGAUUUAGAUACCAUAAACCUUCUUCAAAAUAUCAGACUGCCUAAAACUCUGUGUGAAUGGGGCACUGGGUUUAUAUCAGAUUUCUCUUUGAACACCUGGUUAACUGAAAGUGGUUUUGACCCAGACUCAUUUCUUCCUGACACUGCUGUCAACUCAUUGUUAUCAAAACUAGAAAUGUUGGAAUUCUUGAAGAGCUCAGAUAAAUGCAAUAAUUCAGCUGUAACAUAUAAUCCAAAUCUUCAGGGAUGGAGAAAUGAUUGUCCCAGUAUCCCAGUGCUUCUUGCUUUACCCAGUUCAGUGUCCUGCCACAUCCCCAACACCUGUACCAGUAUAGACUGCUGUGCUGAGGUAGCCUACCUUAGUGGUCAUUCCAUCAAUGUACAAGUCCUCAUGGAUCCCUGUGAAUCCAUCAUGAGUCUAAACAUUGAGAAAAUGCAGUAUAACAUUACUCUGUUUGAUUAUGAUUUUGGAAAAACUGAUCAUUUCACAUUGCAAGGAGCCAUCAGAUUAGACUUCAACAUCCAGAACCUAGUUAUGGAGAGAAAAUACCUUCUGAACAUGAAUCUUAGUGUCUGUUUGGAGUCAUCUGAUCCCACAAACUGUGUAUACUCUGUGGUUAUAUUCAACAAUACUUUGUUACCAAAGAGACCCUGCACCUAUGAUUUGCCAUUUUUAAAUCCAGGUUUUGAUCUCACAUCAUGGAAAUCGUUGCAUAGUUUUGGAAAUGUAUUAACUCCAGAACAGACCAAAAUGUUGUGGAGGGAGAUUGGCAUUGAAGAAUAUGUUGGUUUGAGAUGUUCGAGAACUGCAACCCCAUAUUUCCCAGAAACACACAAAGGCUGGAAUGUGUCAGGAUCUUGUGGAGUUCCUCCAGUGCUGUCUAGUAAUAUCACCUGUCAUAUCAAUGAAUCCUGUACUGGUAUCAGCUGUUGUUUUGAUGAUUCUAUCACUGGGACGUCCUACAAGAUCUCAAUCACUGUAGACUCCUGUGAAGAAACCCUGGUCAUCACACUGGAGAAAAUGAAGUUUGUCAUUUCUUUGUUUGAUUAUCCCAUGGGAACCAUGAGUACUGCACAACUAUUUGGAAUUUUGCAGCUGGAAUACAAAAUAGAUGAUAUGCCAAUGCAAGGCCAGAUUGUAAUUGAUUUAAAGGGAAAGCUAUGUUACACAAAGGACAAGCCCUGUGAUAAAGAUAUAACAAUUAUGAAGGGAUUCCAACUGCCAAAACCCCUUUGCAACUUUAGUCCAGGACACUUCGCAAUUCCAGAUUUUUCCCUGAGCACUUGGAUGAAGGACAAGAUGAGUGGAAACACCCUUGAACAAUGGGCUAUAGAGCUACUGAAGUCAGAAUUGAAGUUAUCCAAUCAUCUGUUGAAUCCCAAAUGUGACAGAAGACAGUUCUCUACCGGCAAUGGCAACUGGAAUCUUAGUGCAUGCACAGAGCAAAUAUCUGUUCCACCCUUACCAAGCCACACAUCUUGUGUUGUGUCUGAAACCUGCAUGGGAGUGAAAUGUUGCACAGAUCUUCAUUUGCUCAAGACCUCUAUUCAAACAGAAAUAAGUUUGGACAGAUGCAGAGGAAAAUUUUUUGUCACUUUGGAAAAGCUGAGGAUCACUAUUAUGUUAAGGGACUUUGAAUAUUCAACAUGGCAGAACUACACAUUGCAAAAUGUCUUUAGAUUAGGAUUCAAGAUUGAUUAUCUGUCUGCAGAGUCUGUAUUUCUGUUCAACAUGAAAUUUAGUGCUUGUUUUGAAACUAAUGGAGACUGUAUGUUGGACUUUUCCAUUAUGAAAGAUAUAAAAAUACCAGUUGUGAGCUGUGAAUUUGAACAGCAGCAAUUUGCAGUUCCAGGAUUCAACUUGAGUAAUUUCCUGGUCAGCAAGGAACUUUCGACAGCUGUCACAAGUCUCCCAGAAUUGAUAGCAGAUCAGCUAAUGGAUCACCUUGGAGUAUUGAAUUUUUUUAGAAGUGCACAGUGUAACCGAACAGUUUAUUCAGGAACUUCAUCUGGAUUUCUGAUUGGUCCUUCCUGUAAACAAGAUGUUUCCUCUUAUGUCACAACUCUACCUGCUGAUACAAACUGUAGAAUAUCCUCAGGAUGUACUGCUAUACAAUGCUGCACAGACAUCUCUUUCAUUGGACGAACACUGAACUAUUCAAUCAACAUUGAUGCAUGUGCUCAUUCCUUGAUGUUGCAAAUAGAGACUUUCCAAUUCUACCUUUCUCUUUUGAAUUUUAAAUUUGGAGAGAAACAGAUAUUUACUAUUGACCAAGUGUUGUCCAUCAGAUACAAAAUAACAGAUCUGAGAGGUGAAAGGAAAUAUUUGGUAGAUAUGAAGCUCAUUGUGUGCUUCAGUGAUGGGUCACCUUGUCAGCUGGAAAACACUAUUGUCAGUAACUAUCUUGUUUCUAAACCAGUGUGUGCUUGGUAUACAGGAUACAAGGAGCAAGAUUUUUCUUUUGCCAAUUGGAGCUCUGCUCAGAACUUGUCACCUGUUGGAAUUCUUUCCAAAAUGAAUGCUGCAAAGCUAUUGGAAAAACUUGGAAUUUCCAAAUACAUGAAGGAAGAACACUGCCAUCAUGAAAAAGGAGUUUACAGAAAUUCAUAUCAAGGAUGGAAUUCGGCUUGUCCAACAGAUAGAGAAGUCAGUAGACCCAUAUUAGAUCCCAGCAAUGCUACCUGCUACUUACAGAAAUCUUGUUCAGGUGUACAGUGUUGUGUCAGCGUACCUCACACAGACUUCUCUGUAGAGACAUUUGUUGAAAUCAGUCCAUGUGAUCAUCAACUGAGGGUGGGAAUAGAAAACCUGAAAUUCAACAAAAGUUUAUAUGGCUACAAGUUUGGGGAGAAGGAGAAGUUUGACCUUUUUGGUUUGGCUGUAGUUGAUUUUGAAAUAACUGACCUGGACUACAGUGGAGAGAAUGGACAGUAUCUGGUGAAUCUAAACAUCAGCAUCUGUUUAGAGUCUGGACAACCUUGCAAUACUGUAGUUCCUGUGUUAGUCAACUCUGUUAUGAACAAGGAAGUAUGCAAUAGAAGACAAAACUUCUUUGAUAAAGCAUUUUCAUUGACCAACUGGAAGUCUGUUCAUGGAGUAUCUGGAGGGGUAUCCUUAGAUCUUCCUCAUGUAAAACAGUUACUUCAAGACCUUGGGGUAUCACAUCUCCUGCUAGAUGAUAAUCAGAGAUGUGGCUGGUCAAAAACACCAUAUAGUUCAGCUAACAUGCAGGGCUGGUCAGAUGAUUGUAACAAGACAACAGAGAACCUACCAGCAAUAGGUCCCAACAUCAGAUGUUCCGUAUCAGCAUCCUGCAGUGAUGUCAUGUGCUGUGUACACUCUAACAUUUUAGGAGAAAACCUGCAGGCUUACAUCAGUAUAGACUCCUGUAAUGGCAAAGUCUCUGUAGGGAUAGAGAAAUACCAAUGGUCUGAUAAACUUUUUGGGUACAACUUUGGAGAUGUCAGACAUGUUUCAUUAAUGGGAAUGGUUAAUUUAGAUUACAUCAUCAUUGAUUUAGAUACUUCCUUUGGAGCCAGCCUUAAUCUGAGCGUCUGUUUUGAAUCUGGAGGACCUUGUGAAUUUACUUUCCAGCUCUUAAAUGAGCAUAAAUUACACAAGCCAACAUGCAAUUGGACAAGGGACUUCAUCCAAUCAAACUUUUCUAUGGACAACUGGUUGUCAACUCAUGGUUAUGAUGGAAUGCUUGUACUGCCAUCAUAUGGUGCAUCUGAAUUACUGCAUGACCUCGAUAUAAUUCAGUACUUUGGGUAUUCAAAUUGCAAUAGGAAAUCAAUUCCAUUUUAUCCAAGCAAAAAUGGAUGGAACAAUGGCUGUGACAAAUAUGUUUCUCUAAUCGGUAUUCCUGCUGGAACCACGUGUCACCUGUAUGAUUUCUGUACUGGAGUCAGAUGCUGCUCAGAUAUCCCCCUGCUGGACAGGUCUAUCAACACCUGGCUAAUAGUGGACCACUGUAACCACAGACUCAGUGUGGGAUUUGAAAAAUUCUCUGUUAAUGUCAGUCUAGAGGAUUACGAGAUGGGGAGUAAAAAGGACAUAAUCAUCAAUGGUGUUGUGAGAAUUCAGUACAUCAUAGAGGAUCUUCAAGGUGAAGGAAGAUAUUUGAUUACUUUGAAUUUAAAAAUUUGUUUUGACUCAUCAAAGGCAUGCUUAAUAGAUAUUCCUGUCUUCUUGAACACAAAACUGCCCAAAAACCCUUGCAAGUGGACUGCAGAUUUCAUUGACAAAACUUUUUCACUGGAAUCAUGGAAAAACGAAAGAGGGGUUUUUACCACAGGACUAUCACCUAAUUUACUCACUGAAUUGAUGCAAGACUUGGGUCUAUCCCAUUUUGUCAGCCAUCAGCGCUGCAGGAAGAGUGAAAUCCCAUAUAAAAACAGUAUUGAGAAUUGGAAAAAUGAUUGCAAUGGGACAUUGCGAGUCUCUCUCCCAUCUCUAAGUGGUGAUGAUGUCACAUGUUACAUCCCAAGUUCCUGUGCAGCUUUGCAGUGUUGUAUCAAUGUCCCUAUAAUCAGCACCACAUUUAAUACUAGACUGGAGGUGGACCCCUGUAACUUUUUGAUGUCGGUGGAGAUUGAACAACUUAAGUUCACAAAAAGAUUGUUUGAUUAUGAGUGGGGAAAAGAGGAACAAGUAUGGCUUUUUGGAGUGGUCAGAAUGAUAUUCAGUGUAUUUGAUCUGUAUGAUGAAGGUUAUUUCCUUGUAAACAUGAAACUCCAAGUGUGUUUGGAAGCAACAAAGCUACCAAUCUGUGAGCAGUCAUAUCAGGUCUUGAAUAACUUCUUCUUGCCAAAGAAAACCUGUGUAUGGAAUUCUUCCUUCAAACAAACAGGGUUUAACCUUUCAUCUUGGCUUGUAGAAGAGGAAGCAGCAAACACUGUUCCUCUGCAGAAUGCAGCUGUAGAUAAUCUCUUGGCCAAUCUUAAAGUUGGAGGGUUCAUGCAUUACCCAUCAUGCCUGCCUACAGACACAGAAUAUUCAAACUCAUUGACAAAGUGGCAAACUUACUGUCCUGUGUCAGUUCAAACUUCACUGUCUUCAAUAGAAGAUAAGGCCAUGUGCACUGUUUCCUCAUCUUGUUCCAAAAUUAAGUGCUGUGUCAAUGUCCCACUCCUUAACAGGACAUUUGAGGUAGGAAUGGAACUGGACUACUCGUAUUACUCACUGAAAGUGAAUGUGGAGAAGAUGACCAGGAGACAGUCUCUGAUUGGAUACACAUUUGGAAGAGAAGAAACACUGAGUAUAAAUGGAGUCUUCAAAUUAAAGUACAAAAUAUUUGAUUUAGUGGAUGGAAAUUUUAUGGAUGUUAGUUUAACAGCUGAAGCUUGUUUGGAGGAUAAUGUCACCUGCACUGUUCAUGUACCUAUUUUAACCAGUGUGUUAAUUCCAAAAUCAAAUCACCGGAAUGCACUUUAUUCAAUUAAAGAUUUCUCACUGACCCAAUGGUUAUUGGAAAAGAUGGCAUCAAAAAAUUCUUUAGCGUUACAUCAUAUUAGUGAGCUGACAGAAAUGUUACAGAUUCAUCCAUUCUUGAGUUUUUCCUCUGUUUGCAGUAUCUUAAAAAAUAGAUCUUCAAAUCAGCAUGGAUGGAAUUCAGACUGCUUGGAUAUUAAUAGUUAUGAAUCUCUGAAUUCCUAUCCUCUGACCUGCAACCUUGACAACACCUGUAACAAGGCUACAUGUUGCAUUGAUUCACCUGUUUUGAACUCUACCAUUGAGGUUAUGAUUAAUAUAGAUCCAUGUAACAGAGUCUUGUAUCUUGGGAUUGAGAAUUUGAAGGGUCAGAUCCCUUUUCAGGAUAUAAAUUGGGGGCAAGAAACCCAAUUUUAUCUGCUUGGAGUUGUGAGAUUAGACUUCACCUUGUAUGAUUUUUACACUCAGAAACAUUUCCUGAUUGACAUGACAGUAUCUGUUUGUUGGGAGACAUAUGGAAAUUGUGAAUUUCUAGCCACAGUCUUCCAAAAUGCAUUGCUCCCUAAGAGGAAAUGUACAGAUCGAAUGAAUUUUGAAGAUCCAAGUUUUUCCCUGACAAAUUACGGGACUGCACAUGGUUUUGAUAUGAACAACCUGACAAAGAAUAAUUUGGCUCAUCUGUACAAUGAUCUGAAGAUUUCUAGCUUUCUGCUUAAGCCAUCUUGCAACAAAUCCUCAAACACCUUUCUUCCAGCCACAAAUGGUUGGAAAAAUGAAUGCUCUACUGAUGUUGCCUCCACCUUCCCAUCACUGCCAGAUUAUGUUCAGUGUGUCCUGGCCUCCAGCUGUACCAGCAUAAGUUGUUGCAUGCAUAUUACCAAGUUGAUGGAUUCUGCAGUCAACUUCUAUUUCUUCUUGGACGGUUGUGAUUGGAUGAUUGAGUAUGGCAUUGACAAGUUAAUUUUUAGACCCACUGUUUUGUAUGAGUUUGACUUUGAUGUCUGGCAUGAAUUCUGGAUGAAAGGACUGUAUCGCCUCAAGUUCUUUGUCACUGAUCUACAAGGACUAAACCAAUUCCGAGUCAGUUUACACAUCAUGGCCUGUUUUGAGAGUAGAAAAAUUUGUGAUCAGGAGAUUAUUUUGCUCAACAACACUCUACUUCCAAAACCAAAGACUUGUGAUAUGCGACUUGGAUCACCUUUGAAAGACUUCACAUUUGAUCAGUGGAAGCAGCGGAAUAAUUAUACAGCAAUGAAUGAGGCUAGUACAGCCAGACUUAUUGAGGACCUGGGAAUUUAUGGAUACCUCUUCAACAGCUCCCAAACCUGUAACAUUUCAAAUGGCAAAUUUUCAUCUGCAAUAUCUGGAUGGAACAGUGAUUGUCCAGUGAUGCUUUCUUCAUCUCCCCCUAAGCUUAGUGGAAGUAUUUCAUGUUACAUGGCCUCUUCCUGCUCAAGUGUUGAAUGUUGUGUGUUUGCAGAGGAAAUCUCAAAAAAUCUUCUUAUCUCAAUAAAUCUAGAAUUCUGUGAGGAUAAAAUCAUAAUUGCCAUUGACAGAUUCACUCUGGAGAUGAAAAUCAGAACCUAUGGCUCUUGGGGAAAAGAAGAAGUUUUGAAUAUAAGCAGUAUUUAUACCAUCAAGUUUUCUUUGGAGGAUCUGACAAACUCCAAUGUGUAUCUGGUCAGCUUUUCCAUCUUGGAUUGUUGGAAAGGAGUCCAUGCCUGUGAUAAAUAUAUAAUUUUGUCCAAUACCAGACUGCCAAAAUCUUUGUCCAAACCAUACUGCAACUGGAAGAGAGACUUUAUUGAUUCUGACUUCUCCCUGACCCCCUGGUUAUCUUCCAAGGGAUACACGGACACUACUCCUCUGACUGGUGUACCGUUACAGGACCUGAUGGAACAUCUUCAUUUAAGCCAGUUCAAGGGAAAUAACUGUGAUGUAGCACAGAGUCCAUAUUCACCUACUGACAGCAAAAGAUGGAACAUUGGCUGCCCUGGUAUCUCUGACUUAGUAUCUUUACCAAGUGCAAUCACCUGUCACUUGCCUAGCUCCUGUACAGGACUGGACUGUUGUGUGUCCAGCACUAAGUUGGGACAGAGCUUCAGGACUUACUUAGACAUUGAUCCCUGUACAUCCAGGAUCACUGUGGGUAUUGACAACUGGAAAUUUACAGAACUGUCAAAGGAAUCCAUCAACAUGCUUGACACUGAGUUUGUCAGACCUGUUUGGCUUUUUGGAGUUGUGAGAAUGGACCUUCAUUUGAAGAAUUUGUGGUAUGCAAACAAAUACUUGAUCAAUCUGAAUAUUAGCAUCUGCCUCAGCAGUAACAGCACCUGUGAAAUAGCAAAUCAGACAAUUUUUUCAAAUACCCUUCUUCCAAAGAAAAUAUGUGUUUGGAAACAGCCACUUCCUCAAGGAUUUUCACUUUCAAAUUGGAAAUUUAACAAUUCAAAUGAAAACAGUGGAACUUUGCCAGAUUUUGAGAUGGCAAAGAUUGAUGAUUACUUACAGCUAGCAAACUACAGAAAACAGCCAAGGUGUAACAGGGGACUUGUUCCCUACUGGCCUACCUAUCAUGGAUGGAGUGGAGACUGCAGAUUAUCAGGCCUCCCUUACAAUCUGGAAAAGAAGACGUCGUGUCAGCUUCACUCUAGCUGUACCUCCAUCACCUGCUGUACAGAGGACACAGAGCUACAGACCACAGUCUCCUGGUUCUUACACAUUGACUCCUGUCAUCUUAAACUGAGUGUCGGCAUAGAGGAGUGGAAGGCUGACUUCUCUCUCAUUGACUUCAACUUUGGUGAAGAACAAGUAUUCCAACUUGGUGGAGUUUACAAGUUAAGCUACACUCUGUAUGACUUGACAUUUGACUCGCAUUACAUGCUGAGUGUAAACAUCAGUGUAUGUUAUGAACCAGAUCAUUGUGGACUGACAGAGAGUAUACUUAAAGACAUGUUGCUUCCAAAGCAGUUGUGUGCCUUUAAUUCAACAGAUUAUGAUAAACAAGGGUUUUCACUAACAACUUGGAUGGCUAAGAGGGAGAUUCCAAUGGAAUUACCCUUACCAGAGUAUAGUCGCUUAGAGUUGUUUGAAGAUCUUGGAUUGGCCAUGUAUGUGAGGGAAAAAUCUUGUAGUGAAAGCACCAAUUUCAGUUCCUUGAUAAAUGGCUGGAAUAAAGAAUGUCCAUUUGACAUACAAACAGAAGAUUUACCAACAGAACUUGCUUGUCAUAUCCCCACCGCCUGUACUGCAGUGUAUUGCUGUGCCAAUGCCAGUACUCCAUUCCAGAGAUCCUUUUCCAUCUUUCUUGAUCUUGACCCUUGUGAUAACAGGCUCUUGAUUGGAAUUGAGAAUUUUAUUCAUAACAUAUCUAUGUUUGAUGUGGCAUUUGGACAAGAAAACUACUUCCAUUGGAAGGAUAUUAUUAAACUCAGAUACAAAGUAUAUGAUUUAAAAAUGGAGAGGAAGUUCCAAGUUACUCUUCACAUAAGAUUUUGCUUGGAGCCAGGGGCCUCUUGUUUGUUUGAAACAGAUGUCAUCAAGCAUGCUCUCUUACCAAAAAGAAUUUGUAGUCUUUCCACUGGAUUUGCUCAGAAGAACUUUUCCCUUGCUAAGUGGACUUCAGAUCAUAGCAUCAACAUGUCAGCAAUAUCAGAAGGAAAUGCUGCUCUGCUGGAAGAACAUCUGUUGAUUUCACAAUAUUUGUCUCCCUACUCUUGUAGCAGAGAAUCUGAAAAUUACUUUUUUCAUAAAAACUACUGGAAUGAUGUGUGUGGAAAGGUUCAUGGCAUCACCCAGUUUACAGCCUCUGACAAAAUCAACUGUUACCUGACUUCUAACUGUACAACAGUUACCUGUUGUAUGUUUGACCGUGUGUUGUCUCGAAAUAUAGAAGUUAGACUAAGUAUUGAUUCCUGUAAAUUCAACAUGAGAGUAGAGAUUGAAAAGCUUCAUUUUGAUAUCAAUCUUCUAACCAUGAAAUGGGACAAACAACUAAAAAUUGAUAUGUAUGGAAUUUAUGAAAUGAGCAUACUGAUGCACAAUUUUUACAAUGAUCAGAAGUAUCUUCUAAGUAUGAACAUCAGUCAGUGUUACGAGCCAGAGAACUGUGAAGUCCACCAUGUUCUUUUCAAAAAUUCAUUGAUACCAAAAGCUGUGUGUGAUUGGUCAAGGAAUUUCCAGAUUCAAGAUUUCUCCCUAAACACAUGGAAAUUAAGCAAUGGACUAAAUAUGUCUUUUGAUGGAAUAGAAAAUCCUUACAUAUCACAGCUGAUGGAAGAAUUGGGUUUAACUGCCUACUCCAAGUACCCAAUGUGUACUUUGUCUCCUGAAAAUUCAUCAGAAAUAUCAAAGGGAUGGACAAGAGGUUGUGCAAUGAACAUCAGCUUACCCACUCUGGACCCUAGUGUAAACUGUGAUCUGUUAUCCUCCUGUACUGGAGUGAGAUGUUGUGUGCAUGCUUCACUUCUGAAGAGGAACUAUGAAAUCUCCUUCAACAUUGACCACUGUACCAGUAGCCUUAGCAUACAAAUAGAACAAGUCUUCCACAACCAAACUCUGGCUGGAAUGCAGUGGGGAAAAAUUCAUGAGUUCAAAUUAUUUGGAGUAUACAGAAUAAGAUACAGUGUAUCAGAUAUCCCAGAGGAGAACUUGUAUCUAGUGUCAAUGGAUGUGAUGGAUUGCUAUGAAUCAACAGACCCUCAAUGCAAGUCAACUUCGGUGUUUACAGUGCUGGACAAAACUGCAUUCCCUAAGGCCAUUUGCUCCUGGAAUCGAGGAUUUGUCAAAACAAAUUUUUCUUUGAAUGCAUGGCUGGUGGAAAAUUCACUUAAAAAUUUGACAGAACUGAUGAAUAAGGAUUAUAAAUUGUCUAAGCUGUUAGAUGAACUGUCCAUAUCUCAGUACUUCGAAACAACUUCGUGCAGUCCUACAUCUACCAUGGCUGUUGAGGGAUGGACUUCAUCAUGUAUAAAAACUGUUCUAAAACCUAGGAUCUUGGGAGGCAUUUGUCAUUUAAAGAAUGAUUGCACCUCAUCAGAAUGUUGUCUUGAAGUCGACUUCGUAAGGCACAGCUUUAAGACCUUCUUAAACAUCGAUCCCUGUAAUUCAGUCCUUAAUGUUGGAAUUGAAAAGUUCAGGAGAAAUAUAUCACUUGUGGAUUACCAGUUUGGAAAGCUUGAGAAACAUUGGCUUGGAGGAGUGGCAAGAAUGGACUUCUCUAUAGAGGAUAUGUAUGGAGAGCGAUUAUAUCUGGUAAACCUAAACAUCAGUUUCUGUUUUGAAUCGGAUGGAGAUUGCUACCAAACUACUACAGUUUUUAAUGAAACUUUGCUACCCAAGCAACUUUGCCACUGGGAUGAAUCUCUAGCAUUCUCAUUGAGUCGCUGGAAAAAUGAGCACAGUAUUCAAGAUGGAGAAAAGCUUCCUGACUGGGCUAAAUAUUUACUGCUUGAAGAGUUGGACAUUGCUCAGUAUAUUGAAACAGAUCAGUGUAAACGAGGAGAAGGAUUUUAUUCGUCUACCAUGCUUAGUUCAGCCAAUACAGGAUUUAAUCUCAAUUCCUCUAGUUCUUCACAAUUGUGUCAGUUGGCUGUAGAUCUGGAAAACAACCCACUGACCUUAGAUUCCGCCAGACGAGUGACCUGUUAUGUACCCAGCCUCUGUACCGCUGUAGACUGUUGUGUAGAUGUCUCCUCACUGGACAUGUCAUUCCAUACCUACAUCUCCAUUGAUCCUUGUCAGUUUAUGCUCAAGAUUGGAAUAGAAAAGUACAGCUUCCAGAGGUCACUCAAUCAGUAUACAUUUGGAGAUGAUGGUUUGUUUUCCUUUGCUGGGAUCUUAAAACUUAUCUACAGAAUAGAGGACUUGCUAGCAGAGAAGUUGUAUGUGAUGUCAGUGAAGCUGAGUGUUUGUACAGAGACCUCAGGAUGUGAAGCCAAUUACACAAUAUUUAACAACAUGCUGCUCCCUAAACAACCAUGUCAAUGGAAUGAGGGAUUUGUCAAUUCAAAUUUCUCUGGUUCGGCUUGGAUGACCAACAAUGGCUACACCACUCCUCUAUCGGACUCCCAAUCUGCUGAGCUUAUGAAAGAAAUGAGAGCUGCUAGAUAUUUACUGUCUGACUCGUGUGGCCUAGACUCAGAAAUCUACUCAUCUGCUGUUAAUGGUUGGACCAAUCAUUGUCCUGGAGAUGUCACUGUAGGCAAUUUAACUGGACUUCCAGUGACCUGUCAUAUGUCCAGCUUCUGUAAUGAGAUACAGUGUUGUAUGAAUGCAGAAAGCAUCAGAAGGAGUUUCCAGGUUGUUGUCAGUCUUGAUCCCUGCUCCCAGAUUAUGCUCAUCAAACUUGAGAGGCUGACCAUCAAAGUUGAUCUUCUUGACUUUCAUUUUGGAAAUGCAUACGAGUACAGUCUUGUUGGUAUGCUGAGAGUAAGACUGAAUCUCUAUAAUUUGGUACACCGGAAGAGUUAUGCAAUGAAUCUUGGUAUAGCUCUUUGUUUUGAAAGUAGCAGCAGUUGUGAAUUGGAUUUUACUAUCCUACAAAAUGCUGUUUUUCCUAAAGGCAGUUGUGACUGGACUUCAAGUCUUUUAGACACAGGAUUUUCACUACAAAAAUGGUUGAACGAUAUUGGAUUAAAUUCAACCAUUUCACGUCUGCCAAAAUAUGCGGAGUAUCUGGUUCUAGAAGAUAGGAGUAUGUCUAAUAUGAUGAAAGGAACACCAUGUGACCGAACAUUAGACUCGCAGUAUACAUCCAAGUCCCCAGUCAAUGGAUGGGUGAAUGAUUGUGGGUCUACUAUCUACACACCUCCCCUUCCAACAGAAAUAAUAUGCCAUUUACAUGUAUCUUGCACAGCUAUUACAUGUUGUAUGGAUAUCAAUAAAUUCAACAACAGAUCUCUUGAAGUUGCUUUAGAGUUUGAAGAAUGCAAUAAUUUAUUAAAAUUGACAAUAGAAAGAAUACAGCAUACAGUGUAUCUGCAUGAUUUUGGUUUUGGAAGUGAACAAAAGUUUACACUAAGAGGGAUUUUUGAAAUCAGAUAUACAAUAACAAAGGAUAGUGUAGCCAAGAAAUACAACAUUCACCUUACAACUGCUGCAUGCUUUGAACCUGCUGGAUGUGACCAAAUAAUAACCGUUUUGAACCAGACCAAAUUUGACAUGAAAACUUGCACAAAUCAAGGAGAAUUUUUGAAUUCUAACUUUUCCCUCAGUGCUUGGCUGGCAUCUCGUUCUAUACCCAGUGUAGAGGACAUGACUGUGCCCCAGGCCAGUGAUCUCCUGACAGAACUAGGACUGGACCACUUCCUGGAUUCUACAGACAGGUGCUCUCUGUCUGACACAGUGUAUGGAGCAGCUGCAGGAAAUGGAUGGAACAAUGAGUGUUUAAAGUUUCCCAACCAUACUCUUACAACCAUCACAAACAGAGAUCAGGUCCUUUGUCAUAUUCCCUCAUCCUGUGACAGGGUGUCUUGCUGUGUUUACAUUGCUCCUGUUCAAAGACAUGCUCAAGUUGAACUUUUGAUAAACACAUGCAGCUAUCAGAUGGAAGGAGCUAUUGACAAUCUCAAAGUCAUCCACAACUUGUUCAGUUAUGACUAUGGGAAAAUGGAAGAGCAGGGAAUCCAUGGUGUUGUGUUGUUUGGCUAUCAUGUUACUAAUGUUGUAUCAGAAAAAAGGUUCAGAAUUGAUGGUCGCAUAAAGAUGUGUUUUGAACAAGGCAAUUGCAGUAUCAAUAUCACAAUUUUCCAUGACCUUCUCCUUGCUUAUCAAGAUUGUAAUAUUAGCACUGGAGAUGUGGCUAUAGAAGGUGUUACUUUUGAUUUUUGGAAGCCAAUUCAGUGUAAAUCUUUCAACUUGGAUCUCUCAGGUUGUGAAAAUACAAAAAUUGAAGGCAUUCCUAUGGAAAUGCAAAAACACUGCCAGUACCUGUCAGACUGUAGUGGGAUAGAAUGCUGUCUGGAGAACAGUUUUAAUCUUGGAAAUAGAAGUGUGUACUUCAUGGCCAGAAUUGACUGCACCAACAUAGAAUAUCAAGUGGAAACAAAAAAAGUUAUGAAAUCCCUUACAGCUCUCACUGAUGGCUUAGAAUACUCUGAGAUUAUUGGAUCACCUGCAGUCUUCCAAGUGAAUUACACCAAAACCAAAAAUGGGGCAAAUUAUGCAAUUGGUGUAAAACUGAUAGUAGCAGGCAUCGGUACUGAAAAUUCAGGACUAGUCACUUUUAGUGUUAUGGACCAUAAUACAACCAGAAUAAUUCCAUCAGAAUGUGGUACUGGUAGGAGAAGAAGAAGGAAGAGAUCUGUGGACCUAUCCAACUUGGAUCCUGCAAAGUUCAUAGAAGGCAUUAGGGCUCUUCUGGAAGCUAAUGCAUCAAGUGAACUAUUUGAUUCAUUUCAAGAAAGGGUAAAAGAGAAAAGUCGAAUAGAAAAAUUGACCAACUUGGCAGCAACAGCUUUAUCUAAUGAUGAUGCUUCAACUGGAAUCAAGUCUCAAGUACAAGCUCUGGGCUCUGGGAAUCCAUUUACCAUCAAAGUUACAGAAGAAAGUGAUACUUCUAUAACAGUUCAGGGUGGAGAUGCAAUCACAGCUAUGAUGAGUGAAUCAACAACAGUUUCAAGUGUUAGUAAGCAGUCAUAUGUAGUAGGUGGAGGCCUUACUACUGUAGGUACAAAGUUACUUGGGAUGAAACUGGCGUGUAUGACCAUUGGGGAUUUGGAAGCACUACUACAUCUGAAGAACAUUGAUCCUUUGAAAGUAUUUGAACUGAUGAAAAGCAUACAAGACUUGGCAAAAGCUCUUUACUCAGAAUUCAUAAGCAAGGUAUUUAGUGAUGAUGACAGCAUAUUUAAGAACUUUGACUUGGUGCUUAAAGGAGAUUUCAGUCUUCCCAAAAAGCAGGAUCAAUUACUUUCAAUUGAAAGAAUAUUUUUUGUUGGAGGAUUUAUUACAAUGAAAUUUGGAUUUGGAGUAGACUAUUACUUUGGUGUAAAGUUUAUAGUUGGAGCUAAGGUACUGGAAAUGAAGGGAUUUGUAGAGGUAGAACCUUUUGGAGGCCUGGCUGUAUGGGGAGAGCUGGGCAUAGGAUAUGUACUGUAUGGUAAACUAAAACUUGUCGGAUAUAUAAUGGACACAGGUUUUCCAACAAAAGCUGAAGUUACUUUCAAUAAGUUUCCACUAGACGUUAGAUUGCAGAUGUAUUUAAGACUCAGGCCUGUAAAAUUAAGACUGUAUGGACUUGUUACUCUUGAAGUUGAUCUUAUAUUUGCAAAAAUAAAGAAAACACUGUAUAAGAAAAGACUGUGGGAGUUUGAAACACCAAUAAUAAGGAAAAAACUGAUUGAUAAUUACAAAGCAGAGGAGGAUAAAACACCACCAAAAUUAGAGAGCUUUGGGGGGACAACUCCAUCUGGAUCCUGUGGUGUUGUACAAGUAGCAGGUAGAGAUCACACAGAACCUGAAUUUAUCAUCAAUGUUAUGGCAGAGGAUGACAGAAGUAAUGUUAAUCUACACUUAGUCAUUGGAACAGUACCUGGUGCUUCUGAUGUUAUGUCCAAAACGCAGCUAGGGGGGUUUUCUACUGCACUGAAUAAUAUUUUGAAACCAACUGGAGUUCCUUUAUACUUCACUGUCCAUGUGUCAAAUGAGGCAGGAGUGAGUGUUCCAGCUUCCUGUAAACUAGACACGUAUGACAUGACAAUACCAGGAGGGAGGAUGGCAGAGGCCUUUACCUCCACCAGUAAUCCCAGUGUUCUGAAGGCAGUAGUCACAGUGUAUGAAGACUCACCCCUCAAACACACCAAAGUAGCUGUGGGGUAUGGCAAGAACACAUGGGGAGAGCAGAUUGUCAGAUGGACAACUGUCUCAUUAGCUGCCAACACUGUUAACUAUGAUGUGGGUAAUGAUCCAUUGAAUCAGAAAAUAAUGAGCAUCUUUUCAAAUGGGAUAUCUGGCCGUCUUGUUGGAGUAGGAAUAAAAGUUGGAGAAUAUCGAAAACUAACAACAGUGGAGGAGUGUGCCGUCCAGUGCAACAAAAUGCUUGCAACAAAGUGUCUGAGUUUUAACUAUGAUUUUGAUGCAGGCAGUUGUGAACUUCUGGAGGCUAUUGAGGGGCAUGACCAUAAAGUAUCUGUGGAUGGUAACUACAUGCAUUUUGAAAGGCUUGGAGUUGGGUCUAACAAGGGAUUUGAAUUUACCAAUCUACAGCUGACUCACGACCAUCUCAUCUACUUUAAUUUCCAUGUUGUGAAUACUUUAGGAUAUCAAAACAUCCUGUCGUCAAAGCCAAUCCUUGUUGACUUGACACCACCGAACCCAACUAUUUCCCAAAUAAACAUCACUAGUGACAUACUAGAAGUUCAGCCAUGUAAUACCAUCAUUCCGGGUGACAGAAGAGACUGGAGGAGGAGAUGUGUAGGAGUGAAUCCAAGGAUGAAAAAUCAUCGCAUCAUCAUAGAUGGAGAUGGAUCUGAAACAGUUUACAAUGGUCAUGAGCCAAAAACAGAUCUGAAAUACACCAGAGCAAACAGAUAUAUAUCAGCUAACUGGGAUGGUAUCUAUGACAACGAGACAGGAAUUCUGGGAUACUCAGUGACAGCUGGGGAGUCAAUCUGUGAGGAGAAAAUAAAGGAGCAUCACGAUCCUCAUGCUCACCUGUUUGACCAGUCACAGUGGACACACAGUGUCAUGAUGACUGAUUUAGAAGAACCUUUUACCAUUUUGCCAGAUGGACCAUACUUCAUCACAGUAAGAGCUAUAAACAAAGUGGAAUAUGGGGGUCCUCUGGUCACAAGCUUCUGCCAUUCUUCCAAAUAUGUUGUAGACAAUAGUCCUCCCUUUGUCUAUGAAGUCUACAAUGUCCUGUAUGAUGAGGAUGUUUUCAACCUUACUCUACUUCAUAAUUCAUCUGAUCCAGAUUCUGGUUUGAUGAGAAAUGACUUGUGUCUUGGAAGGACUACCAGGGACUGUGAUGAAAUGAAAUGGGUUGCAAUGACAUAUAGUCCCAGUAUCACAUAUUUCAAGCAAAUGACAGAAGGCGUACCCAUCUGGGUCAAAGUCAAGGCAGUUAAUAAUGUGGACUUGCGUACUAUUGGAGUGUGUGACUCCCCCGUAAUUAUUGACAGAACACCACCAGUGCCAGGCAAUGUGAAUGAUGGAGAGGUUCAUGGUGUUGACCUAAACUACACCAAAUAUCCAAAUAAGAUUUGCUCAAACUGGCAGAAUUUCUAUGAUCCCCAAUCAGGAAUUGCCAUGUAUAUGGUUGGUGUAGGUGCCUCUCCCAAUGAGACAGAUAUUGCCAACCUUACUCAAUUUUCAAGCAAGAUACAUGUUGCAUGUGUGGAAUUGGAGCCAGGAAGAUACCUAGAGCACAACAAGAAAUAUUUCUCAAUUGUGUAUGCAUACAAUGGAGGACACAAGCAAUCUAAUGUUUCUGCCACAUCAGAUGGAGUACUGGUUGACUUGACAAAGCCUAUUCCUGGAGAGGUCAUUGAUGGAAAGCUUUCAGAAUUCAAAGACAUGGAGUUUACCACAAGUCAAGCCAGAGUUGAUCUUCAGUGGAGAAGUUACUUUGAUCCUGAGUCCAACAUAAGUCACUACGAUGUACAAGUUUUGAGAGCUAAGAAUAUGACACAUGAUUAUGAAGUUAUCAGGGAUUGGGCAAAAUUUGAGGCUUCUUCAUCCAAUGGAAAAUGGUUGAAUUUUCACAACCACCACAAAGACAGGAUAAAAACCUCUCUUAGAACCACAAAUAAAGCCCUUAAUGAAAUUGUGAACAGUACAGAUGGAUUUGUUGUUGAUUUAACUCCUCCACAGCUUCAUUACUUAUGGGAUGGAGUUCAGAGCAAAGAUAGAGAGUUCCAGUUUGAGACUGACAGAUUAUCAGUAUCUUUUAAAUACUCUGAUAAGGAAUCGGGAGUGGACCACAUAAAAUUGCAAAUCUAUGAGGCUUAUCAUGGAACACUAAGACAAAAAUAUCCAGCAAUUCACAAUGAAUGGAAAGACCUGCCUACUGGAAAUAUGACCACCUUCACAUGGACGGGCCUCACAUUGAGGAAUGGAGCAAGAUACACCAUGAGAGUAGGAGCCCUCAACCAUGCUGGAUUCCUGGCCUCCUUUGAGACAAAUGGCAUUGUCAUUGACACUUCUCCGCCCAAAGUUCUUUGGUUAAAUGUGGGAGUAAUUGGUGAUGUCAAAGAGCAGAGGAUAGAUGGCCAUGUCUGGCAGGCUGAUAAGAAUGGAAUUCAAGCUUCUUGGCUGUGUAGUGACCCAGAAUCUGGAAUCUUGGACUUUGAAAUUGCUGUUGGAACUACUCCAGGAGGAAGUGAUACUCUGCCAUGGAAGUCUGUGGGAACAGAGAGUCAUCAGUAUAUCAGUGUACUCAAUCUAGAACUGACCAAUCAGACCACAAGAUCUCCUGUGUACUACCUAUCUCUGAGGGCCAGGAAUGGAGCUGGGCUCAUCAACUCCCCUCCUAGGGUUUCUACUCCUAUUAUUGUGGUAGAAGAAGACAAAGCUGGUAUAGUAGUGGAUGGUCCUGAUAGUGUGGACCAGACAGUGAUGAAGAAACAAGCUGUCAACAUCACAUCAGACAUUGACUACCAGCUGGACUCCUCCACUGUGUCUGUCCAGUUUACUGGCUUUGAGAGUUCCCUUCAUGGAGUCAUGCAUUUCGAGGUGGCAGUUGGUACAGAACCCAGUGGAGAUGAUGUGCUCCCAUUCACAGCAGCCAACAUUGUUCAUAUGGAGGAAACAGAUGUUACUGGGCAUGGUUUAACAAGUUCUGGAUAUGUUCAAAUAAAUUUACCUCUUGAAGCAAACAAAACAUAUUACUCAACAGUAAGAGGUGUCACAAAUGGUGGAAAUACAUUAGAAACAAGUUCAGAUGGGUUUACUAUAGAUCAGACUCCGCCCAUUGUAGAAAUUGACAGACUUGGAGAUAAAGCCUCACAAGAGAUGGACAUAUCAAACGGAGGGUUGAUAUAUAAAAUGACAGAAGAUUCCUUGUCAGCAAUGUGGCAUUAUAAUGAAUCAGAAUCUCAAAUUGUAAGGGCUUGGUACUCUGUAGGAACCUAUCCAUUCGGUCAGGAUAUUACUAAACAACAAUUUAUACCAGUAUCCCAGAUGCUGUCAAGUUUUCUUGCCAACAAUGAAAUCAUACCAGAUGUUAAAGGGAAACCUAACAUCAUUAGUACAUGGGCAGAAAACUCUGUAGGCCUGGUCAGCAAAGUUGAAGCAGGAACAAUGGUCAUUGACACGACGGCACCAAAGGCUGGAACAGUCAAUUGUCCUGCUUUUAUACAUUCUUCAGUUCCCGUGGUGUGUACCUGGACAGGAUUCGUGGAUACAGAGUCACCAAUUAAAGAAUACAGAAUCAUGAUGGGGCAUUCAAAGGGAGACAACUCUAUAUUCUCUAUGGGUGUAGUUCCGGGUCAUAUUCAGACUUUCACUAUACAAGGCGUUGGAGAGAUAGUGGAGCAUAAUGCAAAGUACUACGUUACGGUGACAGCAGUGAACAUGGUUGACAUGACUGAGAAUGCUUUCUCUGAUCCUAUUGGGGUGGAUCUAACUCCUCCCCAGAAAGGAAUGGUGGUAGACCUUCACUCUGUGUACAGGAUUGAUGCUUCUAGCACAGACAACACUGUGGCCAUGAAUGCCAAGAUCUGUCUGACAGAAGAUGAAUGCAAGACUUUGGAUGCAGUAUGUUCAGAAUCCUUGACCUCUCUUUCUGUCACUUGGAUUCCAUUCACUGACUUGGAGUCCAGCAUUGUGGAGUAUCAGGUAGCUGUUGGAACUAGCCCUGGAGGGGGGCAGGUGAAAACAUUUUAUAGAAUUCCAAAGAGCAGUAAACAUCAUACAGUUACUGGACUCAAUUUGAAUGGAUACAGACAGCUAUUUGUAUCAGUAAAAGGGAUAAAUGGAGCAGGAUUGAGCAGUGUGUCUACAUCAAAUGGGGUUUAUAUAUCCUAUCUUAGCCAAGGGAGGCCUCCACUGGUUCCCAUUGGAGUCAUGGACAUGACUGAUGGAGAGGAUGUGGACAUAGAUUUCCAGACAAGUCCCAAUACAAUACAGGCAGGAUGGGAUAUGUCAGGUGACCCCUGUCCAGUUGUGAAAUAUGAGUGGGCCAUCAGAAGAAUUGAUGGACUGGAAGUCUCCAGUUUCUUGGAUAUGGGAUUGAAAACAUCAGGACUGAAUGAUGGUUUGUUCAUGAAGAACUUGGAAACCUACAUAAACUUGGUGAGGGUCACCAAUGCCUUAGGAUUUCAGUACACAAUGCGAUCUAAUGGAGUAACCAUCCAAGAAACUCCACUGCUGCCAGGCAAAGUGUAUGAUGGAGACAUUGAUGGUUUUGACCUGAAUUAUCAACCAACAAAAUCCUCUGUGUCUGCCAACUGGAAUGGAUUUGGGCUACCAACAAAUGCUAUCAUUCAAGUUGAUGUAGAAAGUGGCAACCCUGGAAUACAAAUAGACAAGAACAAGCUUGAGGCACAGGAUGGAAGCCAACAGGUGGCUUACUACUUAGUGGCACUGGGAACUGACCGCCGCUUCAACAAAACCAGGGACAAUGUGGUACCAUACACUAAUGUGGGAACCAACACCUCAGUGACCUUCUAUGACCUUGACCUGACCCCUGGCAUUGCUAUUUACUACUUCUCUGUGUAUGCCAUCAGUAAAUCUUUUUCCAGGACAUUGGUGACAUCAAAUGGGUUUUAUGUGGGAUAUGAUGGUGGAGUAACAGCUGGGAAAAUAAUAAGUCCAGGUUUGUGUGUACCCAAAGCAACAGAACUGGAAGUACAGUAUGAAGGGUUUACUUCCAAACUUGGUAUUUUGAUGUUCUACAUUGCCAUUUCAAACCACACAGAGGCAAAUACAACCAACUGUAAAGAAUAUAUUGAUGGUGGCAAUGUACCAGAGCAGGAGAGAAAGGCUUUGUUUUCCAUUCUGGAUGUGACCAAUCAGGGACAGGACACUUACACAAAAGUUACUGGACUGAGGCUGGAACAAGGAAAAACCUUUUAUAUUUGGGUCAUGGGUACUGAUAAGUCUGGAUCUUGUGAAAUGACUUACUCAGAGUUUCUGGUAGACAUCACUUCUCCUGAAUUGGGAAGCAUUAGAACUGGACCCUGGUAUAAUAUGAGUGUAGCCUAUUCUACAGACAACAGUAGCAUAAACGUAACAUGGAAAGAUUUCAAGGAUCUGGAGUCUGGGAUUUCUACAUUUGAAGUCUCCUUGUGGAGGAACAAGACGUGUUACAGAGACAGUGAGACUGUUCUGGUCAAUGAUUGGAUAACACUCAGUAGUAACUACUCCUUCUAUCAGCUGGUGGACCAAGAACUGAAGGAAAGUGUGCCCUAUUUUGUGAAGUUAAAAGUGACAAACUGUGCUGGUCUUUAUGUAAUAGUGCAGUCUCCACCAGUAUUUUUGACUAAAUUUUACUGGGAGAAAAACUAAAGGAGUUGUAAAAAAGAUGGGAAGAAUUUUGACCAGGAUCAACUAUGGUUCUCUGACCCAAACUCUGUUGAUGGAACCUUCCUGCAUUUUGCCAAUCCAAUUCUACAACACACUUGUCCAAAUCGUGAGAUAUCAAUGAAAGACACAGGAUGGAAACAACUAAAUAAACUUGGAAUGUUAGACCCAGAUGGGGAAGUGUGGAGAAUUAAGUAUGAGGACAAAUAUGUGAUACCAGCUCCUGUUGAGGACAAAGUGGACCUCAAGUUGGUCCUCACCAAAGAUUCUACCAACAGAGAUAUCAUGGGAGCUGGUGCUGUAUACAGAAGGGCAGAGCUCUAUAAUGGAGGGACAUACAAGAUGUGUGAAGGAUGUAAUUGCACCAGUUACCUUAUGGAACGUGGAUAUUAUUUGAACGAGACUUUCACUACAACUCCAGUCCCAACUACUACAGCUCCAGAAAAUAUAACCUACCCACCAUAUGAUGUUGUAGAUAAACAAGGAACUAGUGUCAUUGACAAAGCUGAUCCUACAACUAGCAUUGCUCAAAAUUCUUGUGGAGUCCAGAUAUAUUCAGCAAAUACAGAAGCUAAUUCCAGUGCCUUCGUUGUGACCUGGUGCAGGUACCAUAAUGACAGCUAUAAAUUGAGAAAAUUAAGAACUGACAUUGAUGUAAAUCCAAGUCAAAAUUUUCAUGACUACAGAGUGAACUUUGCAGUGAAAAAUGAGGAUGCCCAAUCUAUUGUGAUGUGCAUGAUGGUAUACAUGGAUGAGAAUUUCCUAAAUGAGAUCUGUGAUGUUCCUCAGCUGUCCACUGAUGCUUUGUUGUUCAUCCAUGUGUUCAAACGACUGAACAAGUUACCAGAACACACAGACAAGUUCAGUGUUUGGUCAGCUAGAGCCUCUGUGUCAGCACUAGAGAUGCCACCCCCUGUAGGAACUCCCUGUAGAUCAGGUCCACAAUUCAUCGGAUAUACUAAUCCCAUCAUGAAAUAUGAAGCAGGAGUUGGUAUAGCACCACUGGGUACAGAUAUUGUUGAAUUCAGAGAGAUUGAUCAGCCUUGUAUUCCUUGUACUGGGAAUUGCUCUCACUAUGUGUGUGAUACAAACUGUUUGACUGCACAGACUGUCCAGAAAACAUUUGUCCUCACCAAUAUCAAUUUACCCUCCAAGAGGAUCACAGUAAAUGACACUGGACAUCAGACGGAGGAAAUUGUAACAUACUAUCUAACAGUGAGGGCUGUGACAGGAUCAGGAGACACUGCUGUAGCCUCCUCUAAUGGUUUCUAUGUGGAUGACACACCUCCCGUGUUUGACUCAGAAAUCAUGAGCGGAUUCUUCUACUAUGAUGUAGGACAAGGAGAGAAUACACCUGUCAAGUUCCAAAAAUCUAAUGACACAAUUAAGUGUAUAUGGAAAUGUGAUGAUGAUGAAAGUGGAAUUGUGGAAAACUUUUGGGCCAUUGGAACAUCACCAGGAGCAACAAACAUUCAAAACUUCACUUCAACUGGUCAGAGUAUUAUUGGAAUCAACAAUGAAUUGGUUGGAAUCCUAGAACAUGGCAACACUUAUUAUGCUAGCUUCAUUUGUACCAAUGGUGCAGGACUAAAUGCAACCUACAUUGACACUGAAGGUGUGGAUGUGAAGCUGAUCCCACCAGAUGUUGACAUGGUGAACACCACUAUACCAGGAACCUCUCCCUUCACUGAGGAAGUCUACCCUAAAGAUUCCCUCCAGCAACAGGACCCCACCUCUAUAGGAGUCACCUUUACCAAGUGUGAAGAUCCUUCUGUAAACAGAUAUGAUCUUUGUGUUGGGUCUGAAGAGGAAACAGAUGACAUCAUUCCAUGUACAUGGGUUGGCUACAAUAUGUCAGGUUCUGCAGAAAUAAAAGAUGGUGCUCUUUGGGUAAAUGGAUUGAAAAUAAGAAAGCUGUCAGACCUCAAACCUGUGCAGGACUACAGUGCCAACAGUAGCAAUUCCAGAGACAGUUUUACAAUGCCAGUGGGUCAGCAGAUGUUUGUGACCCUACGAUUGUGUAAUGAAGCAAUGUUGUGUACCAACAAGAGUCUUGGGGUGGUAAUCAUAACUAACAGUGAUUCUGUGGUAGCUACUUCUAAAAAUGGUAGUGCUAUAGAGGAGAAACUAUCAAUCACAAGCAGAAAACGAGCAGUAGCAGAGCUGGACAUAAGGACUCCAAGUGGGUUAGCUAGUGGUCAGGCCAUUGUUGUUACCAAGCUGAGUAACUCUGAUCUUGCCAAAAACUACCGUUCAGAUGCUUCUAUAGAUUUUGUAUCUUACAUACAGAAUCCAGCAACAUCCAUGGACAUGGUUGAAAGACUUCUAUACAAAAGGUUUUAUGGGCAAAUUUUUGCAUUCUCCCUGGUACCUCUUGGCAAUGUCCCAAUGCCAGGUCCAGUCACCAUUACAUACCCAGACAGUGUGGGUCACGUAACCACAGGAAAUAGAACAAUGUUACUGCACUGGAACCCAGUGAUGCAGCAGUGGGAGAUUUCUAGCAGGACCUGUCAACAUCUUCCUCAAGAAGAACAAGAAGUCUAUGAUGCUACCAAACAAACAAUGUCUAUCAAGGUUUGUAAUACAUACUUGAUUGAUGAAACUGUGAAAGGGAAAGAGAGGAGAAGAAAAAGGGCAGUCUCAGAUACCACUACUUAUUUUGGAAGAGAAACACUGUUUGCCCUCUCUAUAACAAGGGCAUCCAUCUAUAAUUCUGCUCCAAAACUAAACUGUCAAACUGAUGUUAAUGUAAUAGAAGAUUCAGGUAUCUUAAACUAUCAGCUAACUGCUCUAGAUGAGGAAGGGGAUGUGAUCUUGUUUGCAUUACAAAAUCAGACUUUGAAAGGAGAGGCACAUUUGUCAUCAAGUGGAUUUUUGAAGUACAACCCUUGUCUUGAUUGUGUUGGUCAAGAGAUGCUUAAAAUUGUACUAUAUGAGAAUCAGACCAACCCAGAAAUUCCAGCAGCCAGCACAGAGGUUACCAUCAACAUUCACAUUCAGCCCAUCAAUGAUCCUCCAACAGUGUUUUUGACAGUGAAUGGUUCAUCAUUGCUGAACAAAGAUCCAACUGAACCAAUAAUUGUAUUGCUAGAAGCCAUCAAUGACUUCAAUUCUACAAAAGAGGGAAUUUGGAAAGCUAGACUUGGUGCCUAUGAUGUAGAAAAAUCUGAUACUCUGAAUCUGAAGAUAUCUAACCCUUUGAACUUAAACAUUUCCAUCUCAGAGGAAAAACAUGUCAUACCUAAACUUGUUAAGAAUUGCAGCAUUGAAGAAGAAAUAAGUCCCACAAUGAUGCCAUGUGCAGAAAACUUCUCACAGAAUCUACCACAUAGUGAGGACCAACUCAGCUGGUUUACCUGUAAUAUACAGUUUACACAACCCAAAAAUCAGUUUGGAAAUUUCACACUUAGUCUCUAUUUUGAGGACAGUUCUAAUGGAACAUCUGUGCCUAUAACAAUAGCCUUUGGUAUUAUGGAAAUGCCUUGUCACAACAGUGGAACAUGUGAAGUUAUUGGAAUCUACCCCUGUAAUGACACUCACAGGACCCACAGCUUUGAUGCCUACUACAGAUGUCAGUGUACCGGAGGAUACCAGGGUAGAUACUGUACAGAGGACAUCAAUGAGUGUCUCAGUGACCCGUGUGAACCUCCCUUUGUCUGUUACAACAACAAGAACAGCUACCACUGUGCCUGCCCCUUUGACAACCCUAACUGUGAAAUAGUUACAUGGAUGAUAGUCGUCAGUGUGUUCAUUGUUGUCAUCAUCCUGGUACUGAUAGGAAUAGCUGUCUACAGAUACAAGAAGCAAAAAAGUUCUGCAGAAUAUAUUCCUUCAUAUGAAAGCGAAACAGACCCAGCUGAGAAAAUACAUGACAUGGAACUGCAGCAGCUAGCUGGAGAGGAAUAUAUUGAGUUUGACCUAGAUGUUUCUGCCCAUGGAUUUGCUCAGACUGAGGACACUGGCCAGCCCUCUGCUGAACCCGGUGUUGUCAAUGAGGCUUUUUCUAAGGAUGAGAAUGAUGAUGGCCCAAACUUGAACAAAGAAGAUGAUUCACUGUCUACCCCAAGAGAUGAUCAAUCUCCAGUUUAUCCUCCAUCAGAAUACAGCCAAUCUGAUGAAAGCCUGCAGACUUCAAUGGUAGACAGGAGUCAUUCUCGGAGAUAAAGAAAAGUGGCAUCAAGUCCAGAUUCGAUGUCUAGUGUUGUUACUGAAAAAGAAUCUGAGUUCUAAAUGAAUUUCAGCUAAUGUGGCCAUGAAAUACUUUUAUAACAAUUGUGUAAAUGAUAUGACUGGUCACACAGAUGUAUAAUGUUUUUAAUAUGUGGACUUUUUUUGUUGUUUGCUUCUUCAUAUGUAAAGAUGCUCAAUAAAUAUAGAAAUCUGUGCAGAUUAUAAGGAUGUUUCAUUUGCUUCAGUCUGUGUUCUUUUUCUUGUAC